AUGAUCAAUCAAAGACUCCAUAACAAUACAAAGAUCCCUCAAGUGGAACCUCAAUGGAACAUGCGCAGGUCCAAUUUCGGUUUGCCGUCGGUCGCUUCCCCGUCGCUUCGGCGGCCGUCGUCUCAUUGGCCGGAUGGGGCCGAUGGGCGGAGCCACCGAGCAUCUCUGCUCGGCGGAGCUCCGGCCGCCGAGAGAAGCUUUCCUGGCUCCUCCCACGGUUCCGGCAGUCUUCUUGUUUUGUCGAAACCCACACACUCGGACUGCCGCUCUGACUUCACUUUUGUAGUCGCUUCGAGUACAAUCUCGCGUUCCACUGCGCCAUCCAUCUCAUCCCUUCUUCCCACCUAUAUUCUUCUCCUUUUUCAUCUCCUCUCUUGAAUCUCCCUCUCUUCAGAAAAAUAUUUCCUCUACUAGUAAUUCUGGAAUGGUUUGAUGCAUAAGAGGGUCACACUACUCAAAAGAUUUUUUAAGAAAGUUGGCAAACUCUGAGUUGAAUGGAAAUCUUGGUGGCUUUUUUUUAGAAUUUAGAAUGCUGCCGAGCUUCACCUUACCCGGAUGAGAGACUAUAAAAAUUUUUAUUUUCGAAAGUUAGGACUCUACGGAUCUCAAUCAGACUUUAAAUUUUUGAGUAUGAUACCCUUCCUUGUAAGCUUCAGCAAGUUUGAAAAAGUACUUAUUUUUAUUUUGGUUCGUCCUUGAAAUUUUUGCUCCAUUGUUUCCAUUUUUCUUUUCUUUAGUAAAUAUGUUCAUCCUCUGUUUCGAGAAUUCUGUCUCUAGAAUUUUACUAUUUAACGGUUUUUUUUUCGGACUUUUGUUGGUAAUGCUUGUAUGAGCACUAAAAAGCUCACUUUGGUGUGACGAGUUUCAACAAAAAAAAUCCCUUAAAAUGAGUCCACGAAAACGUGUAAAAAAAUAUUCAGCGAACAUCUUCCUCUUUUCCUCAAACUUUUCUUUAAAAGUACAAUAUGCUUUUUUUUUCGUCUGCCCAUUUUUAAGCGUCUUUUCGCCAGCAUUUAUGCACAUUUUAGCGCUUUUUCGAGGGUCGUCUUGAAAAAAAGAUGUAAAAUGAUCUGUUAAAAAUUUCUUCGCCCCUUGCUUCAGCCUUCUUUAAUUUUUUGCUUCUUUCCCGAAAAGUUUCCCCAAUUCUGAAGAUCAUUCGAAAGUGGGUACAAACAAGUAGUGAAUGAAUGGGAAAUACAAAUAAGAUUGUUUUUCGUCGUUUCGUCACGUUCUUAAUUUUUUUUUUUCGUCAAGCUUAUCACAUGUUUCGUUCAUUUUUUCAUUUUUUUCUUCCUGGAUUCAUUUAAAAAAUAUUCAGAUGAGCAUCGACGGCGAAUUUCUUCACAGCGUCGAGGUGAAGACAGACGACGUCCACGGCAAUUCUCUCAAUGCCGUCGUUCCCAUUCUUCCUGCCAAGCUUAUCGGAAUCAUUGACAAGGUUAGUUAAUCUUUUUUUGAAACGUAAUAUAUGGGUCAUAACUUUUGUUCUUACUGAUUUCGCGGUCUUCAAGAAACAAAAAAAGUUGAAUUCUAAAAUUGAUUUUAUUUUACAUGUUAGCCUUCAACCUCACGAUCAUCAUGUCUUUGUUGAAAAUUUCAAUAUUUUUCGUCAAGCCUUCCACGGCUCCAAAUAGCGCUGAAAAUGGUCCUUCGCCUCGAGACCUUUAUGAAAAUUAUCUAUGCUCCUUUAAAAGAAAAUAACCCCUUUGGUGCAACCCUUGAAAAAUGAACCAGAAACUAUGCCAAUAGUUCAAAAAGUCAUUCUUCUUCCCUUCUUUUUUUUUGGUCCUGUAGAGAAUCCACACUUUGCAACAUCAACUUCGCUACCGUACACCCUUCGGUGUGGCAGCAUCACAUGCGAAUCUUCUGCGAUUCGAUGCUCCAAACGCUGUUUGCUCGGCCGUUUUUCGCGACGACCGUCGGCGCAAAUAAUCGUCUUCUCAGCUCCCCUCUUGCUUCCAUUGUCGCUCAUUUUGUGUUAUUCCUCGCUUUUUUGGCGGAACACGUCGCCUUUUCAGCGUCACAAAAUGUAGGAUCACAUGCAAAACGGAAGGAAACGAGGUUUUCAUGCCUUUUGAGAUCGAUUAUUAUCAAUAACUGAGGGUCAGGCUAGGUCCAAAAUUAUUGUUUAUCAGUAAACUCCUUUGGAGAAGGCCAGAAAGAAAUUUUAUCCAUGGAAAAUGCAGAGUUUUUGAUCUCAAAUUGAAUUAGAAUAAUAAUUAUUUUUUUCCUCACUCGAAUAUGAAAAAAAUUUUUAAGGAAUCCAGUUAGUUUUUAUGAAAAUACUGAAAGGAAAAAGAUUCAAAUAUAAAUAAAGAAAAAAAAAGAAAAUAUUAAAACUUCGACCAACUUUUCAUAACAUUUGGUCAAGUGCGCUCUACCGCACACUUUUAGAUUAAAAUUUUCGCGGACGUAAUUUUUUUCUUCUUCUUCACAUUUUUCCUCUUUUCUAUCGUUUUGCUGUUACGACCAGUUCAUUGACAGUUCUAUGGGCUUUAUAAAGGCUUGUAAAAUAUUUUUUUCCCAUUUUUAAUCGAAAAAGAAGCUCGUUGCCGCCUUAUUCAUUUUCGCUUAUCUUCUCUCAUUUAUGUUUUUCUAAUCGAAAAAUUCGCCAUCGCAUUUUUAUCACUUACCGUAGGACCUAACCGAUGACGAGAACGAAGAAGAAAAUGAGUGUUUGCGUGGAAAAGAUUAGAAAAUGGAAGUGGCCGAAAAAGAGAUUCCGCGACGAAAUGCAAUCAGCCGCCACCCCGGUUACUGUACAUGUUGACGGAUGGCCAAAACGCCGUCGGCGGUGAUAAUUCUUACCUGAUUAGAGUUUUGCCCAAGAUUACAUGCCGGCCGUUUCCCGCACCUGCCGUCGUCGGUUAUGGGAAAAAUUUGAUUCCCGGGGCCGCCUGAUUACUUCUUCGCUUGCAAAUUGUCUGCCUCGCUUACCAUAGGAACUAAUCUUCUGAGGAACUCGAGAUUGGAUAAGUUCGGAAGAGCGAGUGACUCAAGACUUUUUGGGGGACUUGGAGUUGAAGGCGAAUUACAUAGUAGUCUCAAAAAAGGUCAUUUUGAGUUUUAUAUUUGGUCCUGCAAUGCUUCUUAACCCUCCAGCUCAGUUUGUGAAUCGUACUUUACAAGUGGUUUUCAACAAUUUUCAUAGACCCAUAGAAACGCUGAAAUAUAUUUUACUGCACCUUCAAAUAAACGGCUGCGAAGAGAAUUUUUCUCAGUUUUCCCACAGAAAAAAAAGUUCACGAAAUGUGAAAAAGAUCUCCGAAUCUUGAAUGACGGGACUGACUUUAAUAUCAUCACCGUGAUUAUCCCAAUAAAUUUUAAGUUCAAUCGUCUUUUUUUCAUGAUUUUCAGUCUGAUUGAGCGUUUUCAGACCGCCCCCAACGAUCCGAACGCCUUGUUGAUACUCAACCUGAUAAAAGAAGCCGAAGACGGCGAAGAGCCAAAUAUUUCCGUGCGGCAGGUUGAAACGAAGGUGGGAACUCUUCGGAAAAAUAAAAGAUGUCAUGAUUAUUUUCAGACUUAUCUUCAAACUUGCCGUCAUAUCCGAGUAGGAGAGCGACUUUUGUUGCAACGCUGGUCGGAAGAAGAAGACGAGGAUGAAGACGAGGAGGUCGACAUCGACAAUGAUAAGGAGGACAGGUGAGAAAUCAACAUGCAUUUGAAAAAAAAGGGUUUCCCAACAAACUUUUUGAAUUCUUGAGAAUUUAUUUUGAAGAAAUUUUUAAAUUAGAAAAGCGUAUGGAUUUUUUUUAACAAACAGCCCUUGCUAAGAUUUUCUGCAGAAAAGAUCCGCAAAAUUACGUGGAAGUGAAUGGAACUUGUGAUUUUCAAAUUAUAGCUGUUUCAUCGAUAGUUCAAAUUUAGAAAAUAUCGUCAUUUCUUUAAUACAAACUUUGAUUAUAUUACUUGCGAAUUAGUUGUUAAAUAACUUCUCCUCAAGUAAGAAAAACCAUGACCGCACUUGGAAUGGCUCGAAAAUUCGCGGUUGCGUCGCGGAUUCGAACCGCUUCGCACGCGUUACGCGCCGAUCCAUUUUAAAAGCGAUUAUGACCUCAACAAGGGUCUAUUCAGCUGAUUUGAAGCAUUUUUCAAGCAUUAUUAAUAUUAAUGAAAAUUGGAAAGUUGAUUCCUACACGAAAAAAAACCCCAGCCGAAUAAAAAAUCAAGAUAAGUCGAAUUAGAAGUAGCUGGUAGUAUGCAAAUGACCCCAGCGAUACACGGAAGCAGGAGAAAAAGAAAAAAACGAAAGGAAGGAACAAGUUUGGAUGACUUUCCUCCGAGACUCUUGUAAUCUUCUUCCGCGCAUCGCCAUGUGUGCUGCAGAUCGGAUCGGCCCCGUCAUUUUUUCCUUUUCCCUACGACUUCUAACUUUCUGCAAGCUGUAGGAUCUGCUCGAGCGCGAGCUGUGCGACGUCCCCAGGCGUCGGCGAAGAAGCGGCCGUCGACGGGAAGGAGGUCGGCGAGCUCGAGCCGGGCCAGCUCGUCCCAGAAGGCAGCCAGGCCCAUCGCUGCCCCGUCUGCCCCAAGAGCUUCUCCAGCGCCAGGUUCGUUUCCAGUUGGUCCUAAUAAAUUAUUCACCUCUCAUCUACUUCCCACUGCCUCCUUUACGUUGGGAUUUGUCUCGGAUUACUUCUGUUGUCCUUUUGUUUCCAGUUCUUCACGGUUUCAUAUCAAACAUAAUUUUUGAGUUUCCGUUAUUUUUUCAAUAACAAUGACUUCGGCGUAAUCUUAAAACUGAUGUUUUAAAACGAAAAAAAUGCAAGUUCAGGAAUGUUUUAUUGUUUCCCGCAUCUCUUCUCUCAUUAGCGGUUAGAGAAAAGAGAGAGCAGACAAACUAGACUUCAGCAGGAGAACUGAUACGAAAUUUUAAGUUCAUAAUAAAAAAAAUUAAAAUUUGAAGAACAAAAAUUCGAAAACUUUUUAAAUGUUCUUUCUGCUUUUUAAAUUUAUAUUUUCUCAUUUUUCCAUCUUUGGAAAUUUUUUUUGGUUCAAAAGUUCGGAAAAGUUUUUUUUUCGUAAAUAACGUUCGUGUGGGCUGGCAAACAAACCAAAUUGAUCUUUUCUUGUAGAUUUUUUUGGUAACUGUAAGUUUUCUUAGUCAUCCCUAGAUUUUUUGGACUGAAAACGUUUCUGUGCCGAGGUUUUUUUUUUAAAGAGUUUGGAAUGAUCUCUAGAUUUCCACUUGCGAAGCUCUUUUUGAAACACCAAAAACACUACAAAGUAAAUGAUUGUAGCCUCGCGUUCACUUAAACGCCUUCAUUCAUCAAAUAAAAAAUAGAAAAAAAGUCCACCCACCUCCAUGUACAAUCCAAAUUGAAUAAAGACAAAGAGACUACAAUUUUUUUGGUCCGCGUCAUUUCUUUUUUAGGUGUUUGCGUGGGGAGAAGAGAUAGGAUAAGGAUUUUUGUGAUAAUAAAUGAUAAUUAUUUUUACAAAAAGGUGUUCUUAAUUUUUGAUGAGAUUAUAAUGAUUUCAGUAGUAAUAUUGCAUCAGUUAAAAAAAUCAGUUCGAUAAUUUUUCAAAUGAGAGAUAUUUAAAACCAUCUGAUAACACCCAAAGGCUCUUGAAGUUGGAUAUUUUCCUUUGGGAAACAAAUUCUACUGUAAGCAAUAAAUCUCAUAGAGAGCUAAGAAAAUGUUCAACCUGCGCAGUAAAAUCAAAAUAAUGGAAAGCCGUAAAACUUUUGAAGCUGAAUUUUUUGUCAAAUAUUUCUCUCUGUAGAAUUUAAUGGCGCCUUGGACCUAUGAUAACACAAAAAACGGCUUUUUGCUUCUUUUUUUAAACUCUUCCGUGCUCCUCUAGACUUGUGAUGACCAGGAAACAAACUCUUCACAAUAAUUUAGGUAGUUUGCAAUUUUUGAACUGUCGUAACUCGAUAAAAAAUCUAUUAAAGGAUUUUUUAUUGUUCGAAUCCGGUGGUCUUAAGGUAAAAUCCAGCAAAGUUUCACCUCAACAAAACGUUUGAUAGUGAAGACCUUAUGAAGCUACCGUAGUCAGUUGGGAAGAGGAGCUUCUAUUAAAUACGUCCAGCUCCUUCUUCUUCCCCUCCUCUCCUGCCAGCCGUAAUGCGAUCCUCUGGAGAAGGGGAGCUCAUGCUCCUGAGGAGCGAUACAAAUCAACUACUUCACCUGCACACCUGAGUGCCCCUCUCCAACCGCUCCAAAUACGGAGAGGAGGAGGAGGAGGAGAAGAAGACGAGGGACAAACAUACAGACUGCCUCGGCGCCGCCCACCUUCCAUCCGGCGACGAUUCCUCUCUUUUUUUCCAGCGGGCUCAAGCAACAUUCGCACAUCCACUGCAGUCUGAAGCCGUUCCGGUGUCACGUCUGCAGCAAAUCCUACACACAGUUCUCCAAUCUCUGUCGACAUCGACGCGUUCAUUUGGUGGGUUUCAGUUUGGACUUGUUAAGAAGUUGAACCUUAGGUUCUGAAGUGGUUCAGGUAGUAAAUAGAUUAGGUUCGAUGGAUUAUAAAUUGCAGUAGAACCUGAAGAUUUUAAACUUUUUGAUUGUGCGGUUUGAGUAGGAUUAAAGUAGUCUUGAACAUAAUUUUUUUAAAAAAAGUGCAAGAUAAUCGAAAAUUAUUGGAAUGGGAUAUUGGGAGAAUAAGAAAGAUAAUGAUCAAUUUAUUGGUUCUCUUUAGAGUUCGAAUCAAGAAAUUUUUCAAUCGAUAAAAAAAUACUCAUUUCAAUACUAUCCCCUUCUGUAAGCCUGAAACUCUCAAAAAAACAACAAAAAAAUUAAUGAGUUCAAUGUAUCCGGAUAGAUAUGAAUCAACAAGCCUGUAUUUUUUUGGAAGUUCCAAUCCAACAUUAACACCUCAGGAUUUUUUUCUCACUCUCAUAUUUCUUCCAUAAUUAUAAUCUUAUAAGAUUGAACUGAAAAGUUAUAUAUAAUAUUAUUUAUUUACAGGCAGAAAUAAAUAAUAUUAUAUAUAACUUUUUUAAAGUUGCGAAAUGUUAUAGGCGGCAAAAUAUCGUGGGAACUAGAAUUUUUUUCUAGAAUAUUUCAUGGAUUUUUUUCAAAAAAAGGAAAACAAUGAUUAAAUAAUUCUGGAAGUUCUCAAUAAUAACCUGGCUAGGUGAAACGUGGGAAAAAUCCCACGUGAAAAAGUCAAUUUUUGGAAAAUAACAUUGAGGUUUUGGAGAAUCAGAAUAGGAGACCUCAAUAAAAUUCAAAAAAAUUUUAAUUUCUUUAAAGUCAUUUUUUUCCGUUGGAAAAAAAGAAAGUUUGUCGUUCAAAAAUUUGAAUACUUAUCUUUUUGAAAAAAAUCAGAAAUAUCCUAUUGAAAUAUUAAUAUUUGGCAAAAAAAAUGUUUUUAAUAAUUUUUCUGGCUAGAGUUCUUUAGAAGACGACAAAAAAAAUUUUUUUAAAAAGCUGUUUCAAAAUCUGUAGAAAUAAAAAAAUAAAAAAACUUCCGUUAUUAGUCUUCCAACUCACCCGUAAAAUAACUUUAUUAAAGCAAAGAAAGAUUGAGAUGAAAAAUUUACAGAGACAAAAAAAUAGCUUUUUUUAUUACAAAAAGAAAAACAACAGAGCAUUUUUUUAAACGUCAAGUUUGUUUUUUUCGUAGCACUUUUUCAGAAAUUGAAAUAAUUGAUUGAUAAUUUUUUUAAUGACGAUUUUAAAGAUUCACGAAGAAAUUGAGAAACAUAAAAAAAUAUUAAACCUUUUUUUCUACCUGCAAGUUUUUAUUUCAUCACAUUUUAGGAAGGUUGGCAGUGUCCCCUCUGCCAUUUGACGAUGCCAUCACAAGCCGCCUUGAUAAAGCAUCGACAGCUCUGCGAGAUGGCCUCCAUGUGCAAGCCUCUGUUCGCGACGGGCGGGCCAGCCAUUCCAGGGCCUCAUGCCGCCCUAUUGGCCGCACUUCAUGCAAGUCGUCGCUCAGGUCGGCCCGGUGAUACCCUCGUCAGAGAUCAAGUUCUCUUUUCCAGCUGCCGCAGUUCUCUUUCGGAAUGCUCGGCGCCGACCCGUACAAGCUGAUGACUUCAUGCAUGAGUCCUGACGGCGAGAGUUCGAGGUGAGGGGCACGAAAAAAUGGAAAAAGAAGUUUAAUUCCCUUGAAAGACGCACUCGCGUAUUCUCCCAACACAAUGGCGACCUCCCUCGUUUUUCCGAGUCAAACGCCCGUUUUUAUCGCGCGUGUUAUCCAUUAGGCGACGAUGUUCUCAGGGAAUGUUAGGAGGGAAUAUGAGUUUUAUGAGGGACUGAUUUUCAGGCUGAAUCUAGAGAAUUGCAAGGAAAAGCAAUAAUUGAGUUGUAUCUUUUCUCAGAGUGCAAUAAUGAGGAAAUUGAUUUUUUUAAAAUUAGAAGUCUGUUACGGUAAAGAAAUAAAUUUACACUUUUGGAAAAACUGAAUUUCUCUUCCUGACUGUACGAGCUUCUAUUAUUUUUUAAAUCAGAAAAUAGCCGCAAAAAAGGAACUUUUAAGAAGACAUUUUAGUACAAUUGAAAAAAAAGGUUUGUAGCGAUCCUAGAAUUUCAAAAUAGUGAAAAAUGGUUUGACCAUUUCAAAUUGAAUAAAAAUUGGGCGAACUCUUGGAAUCGUUCCACUAACAGUAAGGACCUUUAUAAAGAUUUUUUAAAUAUUCUCAAUCCGUAUUUGAUAAAAUUUGAAACGGACAUCUCCCUCCAGCACCUACUCUCUCACUGAAAAAAAUCGGGUAUCAAUAGAAAGUGAGCUUGAAAAAACUUGAUGAUAUUUUACUCCCAUUUUUUUCGUUAAUAAAAAAAAUUUCCUGGAGUCGUUAGAAUCAGUUCAAUAAAAUACAAGAUUCUCCUUCAGUGGCCGCGCCAGCGGAGGCUCGCCCAGCGACGUGAAAGGGAGCAGCAGCAGUCCCCCUGCCCCCGAACUCAGUCCGCUCGAUCUGACGACGUCGAAGCCCCGACUCACUUCUUCGGCCACCGCCUCCUCCACGACCACCACCACCAGUGACGCCGAAACUCUCGACCGGAAGAGCGACGCCGAAAGCGUCGACUCCGGCAACGAGGACGACGACGACUCCGCCGAGGAGAAGUCCGAGCCGACGAGUACCGCCUCGUCUCAACCCUUGCCUCCCUCCCUGCCUCAUAUGAAUCCCUUCAAGUAUAACUCAAAAAUGCUUUUUAAUCCAAAAAUUGAUUUGUUCAGUUCGUCGGCGUUCCUGUCGAUGCUCGGCCGACCUUUCCCCUAUCCUGGCGCCCCGAAUCCCUUCGGCAUGGCUGCCACUUCGGCGGCCUCCAUGUCGACGAUCAAGUCGCCCAAGGACCGCUACACCUGCAAGUUCUGCCAGAAAGUCUUCCCCCGCUCGGCCAACCUCACCCGACAUCUGAGGACUCACACUGGCGAACAGCCUUAUAAGGUAGGGACUUGAUAGAAAAUUGAAAAAAACUGAUGGAAAUCCGAGUAGCUAGUCCAAAAAAUUCGCUAAUUAUUUAAAUGGCAGCAAUGAAAACGUGUUCCACUUAAUACGAAAAAUGGCUCUUUAUUGAAAAACUUGGGAUUUUUUUGGUUUUGCUUUUGAAAAUUCAGGCAAGGAUACGUAAAAACUCUGGAAUGGAGCGCCAAAAGGGCGCCACAACUCUUUCUAUGACAUACACUAUUUCGUCGUUAUCUAGCUGCGAGAAAACGAAGAAAUAGUUUAUGUCAGAGAAAGAGUUGUGGCGCUCCAAAUCAGAGAAGAGCUAUAAAAACUUUUAAAUAAAUCACUUUGCCGUUUUCAGAAAUUAAUAUUCAGUUAAAAUUUCUUCAGAAAAUUCGGUUGAAAUGGUUUUGUCAUCGAAAAAGAUUGAUUUGGUAAAAAAAAAAAUCAGUUUCAUGAAAAUGAGUAUUAGACAUUCAUUUAAGUUCUCUUUUUAAUGUUUAAGAAAGAAAAAAAUAUCAUAGCCCAAAAAAAAAAUCUUUUCUUGAAUUCAUUUACGCAAAAAAGAACAAACAAAUCGGACCAAAUAUAGCUGAUUUUCUAAGGAUUUCUUGUUGAUUACCUGUCCUCAUCUUGAACCCGUGGCCACUUUAUUAGUUCGAGUACCCGUAUCUAGGGAAAUGCGGAUUGGAAGGCAAACACAGAAAAAGAGCCAACGUGCCAAAUCGCCAUCAAGUGCGCAUGACCCCAAAACAAGUAAAUAAAUAUUAUUGGGAUCAGUGGCUUUUUAGGGAAGUUUUGAUCAACAGUAACAUCAACUUCAAGUCCUUUACAAAUAAAAAGACAUCCAAAAACUUUAUUAAGUGAAAAAAUAAAGUUCUAAAUCCAUAACGAGUUGAUUAACGCUGACUUGAAAUCAACAAGGAAUUCUUGAAUACUUAUUGAUUUUUUUAUAUUCAAUCAACCUAGGUACUCACAAAUAGCUUCAUAUUUUCACAGAUUACUGUGGAGAAAUUUAAACUUCUCCCUCAGAUUUACUGUUUCACUCGUAACUCUUUAAAAGAAGAUCUUUUGUUUUUACUUUACUCUGUAUCACGGUAAAUAUGAAAAGUAUGCAGAGCUCAUAAUUUGUGUUAAAAAUUCGCAUUUUUCCAGUGCCAAUACUGCGAACGGUCGUUCUCGAUCAGCUCGAACCUGCAACGACACGUCAGGAACAUCCACAACAAGGUAGAUUCUUCUUCUUUCUGCCCUGCAUCCGACGACCUUUCAUUUUCCUCUUAAUUUUUGUGCUUGUGGGAACUUUUUCUUUCCAUUUUUCGGGUGGCUUCAGGCUUUUUAACUAACCUAAGAAAAUAUUUAAAAUUUGUAAACUUUUUGAGUCAAAAAAACCUUUGAAUCCGCCAAAAGUUUUUUUAACUAUCAGUUGUGUUUUUUUCUGUUUUCCGUGAAAAAAUUACUUCGAAACAUGUUGAAAAAUAAAAAUAAUAAAAGAAAUAUUCAUAAAUAACAGCUAAGUUUUUUAAUAGGAUUUUUAGGACCAAAUUUGAGAUUUUUAACGAAAAGUUGAAAAAAUGAACUUAUUUUUUGCGGAAAGGUUGACUUUUUUUGAACCCAACUUGAGCUUUUUGAUCGAACUGGACAUUGGUAACGCGAAACGGACGUGCUCCGGACGUUUCUGGGCAUUUCUAAGGAUCACUUAGAAGCGCUGAGGCUACUAAAGUAGUCACUAGGAAUGCUCCAACAUAUCCGAUUCGCGUCCUGUUCGCGUUACCAAGGUGCGAAAAUAAAUUAUUAAAAAAAAACCAAAAAAUAAAUUCAUAACUCUUUGCUGAAGGCUAGCUUUUCGAAACCAAACUUUUGAACAAAGUAGGAAAAUUAGAGAAAUGCUCUGUCCGUUUUCCCCACCGGCGGUGUUGCUUCUUUAAGCCGAACGUCCAGCACACGCGUGUCCUCCAGCAUCAACAGAGGCUUGCCCUUCCAGGAGCGGCCGUUCCGAUGUCCGCGAUGCGAUCGCUGCUUCGGACAGCAGACGAACCUUGA